GCAAUCACGUGGCCCGGCUGCGGCUCGCGAUGGCGGCCCCCAUGGACGGGAGCUCCGGCGGCCGGGCGGCCCGGGCGCUCCGGCGGGCGCUGGCGCUGACCUCCCUGACCACGCUGGCCUUGCUGGCCUCGCUGACCGGGCUGUUACUGAGCGGCCCGGCGGGCGCUCUCCCUACCCUGGGGCCCGGCUGGCAGCGCCAAAACCCGGACCCGCCGGUCUCCCGCACCCGCUCGCUGCUGCUGGACGCCGCGUCGGGCCAGCUGCGCCUGGAGGAUGGCUUCCACCCCGACGCGGUGGCCUGGGCCAACCUCACCAACGCCAUCCGCGAGACCGGGUGGGCCUAUCUGGACCUGAGCACAAAUGGCAGGUACAAUGACAGCCUGCAGGCCUAUGCAGCUGGUGUGGUGGAGGCCUCUGUGUCUGAGGAGCUCAUCUACAUGCACUGGAUGAACACAGUGGUCAACUACUGCGGCCCCUUCGAAUACGAAGUCGGCUACUGUGAGAAGCUUAAGAGCUUCCUGGAGGCCAACCUGGAGUGGAUGCAGAGGGAAAUGGAGCUUAACCCGGACUCUCCGUACUGGCACCAGGUGCGGCUGACCCUCCUGCAGCUGAAAGGCCUGGAGGACAGCUAUGAAGGCCGUUUAACCUUCCCAACUGGGAGGUUCACCAUCAAACCCUUGGGGUUCCUCCUGCUGCAGAUCUCCGGAGACCUGGAAGACCUAGAGCCUGCCCUGAAUAAGACCAACACCAAGCCUUCCCUGGGCUCCGGUUCCUGCUCUGCCCUCAUCAAGCUGCUGCCUGGUGGGCAUGACCUCCUGGUGGCGCACAACACGUGGAACUCCUACCAGAACAUGUUACGCAUCAUCAAGAAGUACCGGCUGCAGUUCCGGGAGGGGCCGCAAGAGGAGUACCCCCUGGUUGCUGGCAACAACUUGGUUUUCUCGUCUUACCCGGGCACCAUCUUCUCCGGAGAUGACUUCUACAUCCUGGGCAGUGGCCUGGUCACCCUGGAGACCACCAUUGGCAACAAGAACCCAGCCCUGUGGAAGUACGUGCAGCCCCAGGGCUGUGUGCUGGAGUGGAUACGAAACGUCGUGGCCAACCGCCUGGCCUUGGAUGGGGCCACCUGGGCAGACGUCUUUAAGCGGUUCAACAGCGGCACGUACAAUAACCAGUGGAUGAUUGUGGACUACAAGGCAUUCAUCCCCAAUGGACCCAGCCCUGGAAGCCGGGUGCUUACCAUCCUAGAACAGAUCCCGGGCAUGGUGGUGGUGGCCGACAAGACCGAAGAGCUCUACAAAACGACCUACUGGGCUAGCUACAACAUCCCGUACUUUGAGACUGUAUUCAACGCUAGUGGGCUGCAGGCCCUGGUGGCCCAGUAUGGAGAUUGGUUCUCUUACACCAAGAACCCUCGAGCCAAGAUCUUCCAGAGGGACCAGUCACUGGUGGAGGACAUGGACACCAUGGUCCGGCUUAUGAGGUAUAAUGAUUUCCUUCAUGACCCUCUGUCAUUGUGUGAAGCCUGCAACCCGAAGCCUAAUGCGGAGAACGCCAUCUCUGCCCGCUCUGACCUCAACCCCGCCAAUGGCUCCUACCCAUUUCAGGCCCUGCAUCAGCGCGCCCAUGGUGGCAUUGAUGUGAAGGUGACCAGCUUUACCCUGGCCAAGUACAUGAGCAUGCUGGCGGCCAGUGGCCCCACGUGGGACCAGUGUCCUCCGUUCCAGUGGAGCAAAUCGCCAUUCCACAGCAUGCUGCACAUGGGCCAGCCUGACCUCUGGACAUUCUCACCCAUCAGGGUUCCAUGGGACUGAGAGAGAGUCUGCCUCCGCCCAGCUGCCUUCAUUUUGUGUGGCCAGUGGGUCACACACCUGCCGUCCACCCCUCGGGCUUCUGUCUUCACUAGACUCUGGUCCUAGCGGCUUCCUUCGCAAGGACACAACACAGUGGGCUCAGAGCUGCCUCUGUCCCUGAGCCCUCUCUGCCCCUUCAUGGUUCAUCCUUCCUGUCCCUGUCACCAGCAGGCUGGGGCUUAUGCUUGGCUGUGGGCCUGGUGGGAUCCGGGGCACAUGUUCUCCUAGUGCUGGUCCCUCAGCGUGUGUGUGGACUGACAGAGGACAUUAUGGUUGUCACUGCUGGCCUGCGGGCCCAUCGCCUCGGGAGGCAGCCCUGUGCCCUUCUGGGCAGCUCUCCUAAGUGCAGGAGCCUGAGAACAAAACCAAAGUUUCUGGCUGCUUGUAGCUGGAGGGCCUUGAGUUUUCUUUCAGCAGGAGGGAUGGACCGUCACCCCACACUUUGUACCCCUACUCCUAGCCAAGCCUGCCCCUGGCCUCCUGGUAGGUGCCUCUGGUUGUGUGCUCUGGGCAGCGAAGCCCAAGCUGUGCUUCUGUUAAACAGGCCUUAUGGGGUGGCACCACACCCUGACUGUC